CAUAAAUCUUAGUUCAAGUUUUUUGUCAAAAGGUGUCGCUGGCUAAUCCAAGAUUUUGUGAGUUCAGCAUCUCCAAAAAUUCACAUGUGUGAUUUGUUGACUGCAUAACAAUUGGUUCACCUGAGACAACAAAUAUUCAAGAAAAUGGAGGUGGAAAAAGAAUGGUGGUUGAACCCAAUGGCAAACGACAUCCACGAAACACUGAAACUGAAAGAGACCAAGAUGCCUCUAUAUUUCUCCAGGUCUCCACAAAUGCAUCUCAGGCGUUACGUCGUAGAUUGGUUAGCAGUCAUCUGCGAUAAAUUCAAACUCUGUACCACUGCACGCCAUCUAUCUGUAUAUUUAUUAGAUUAUUUCAUGGAUAAGUUUGACAUUGAGGAACCUCAACUGUAUCUUGUGGCCAUCGGAUGUAUACUAGUCGCAGCUAAAUAUGAAGAACAAGAAAUCAACAUUCCAAAAUCAACCGAUCUAAAUGUGUAUGUGAAUCCAAAAGGUUACACAGCCUGGGAAUAUCAGCAAAUGGAACUGACUCUAUUAGACUGCUUUAAAUGGAACAUUGGGCUACCCACCCCUGCCCAUUUUGUGGACUAUUACAUAACACUGAGUGUAGCAGAUGACCAGUCCAACCCGGAGACAUGUAAAUCGCCUGUACAUAGUGCAAAAACUAAGCUGUAUAUCAUGAAAUAUGCGACAUAUUUCCUAGAAAUUAGUUUACAAGAUCAAGUUUACAAAGAGUAUUCUCCGUCCCUGAUAGCAAGUGCUGCUGUAGCGGCAUCUCGUACCUGUCUACACAUCAAGCCUCACUGGAGUCACUUCAUGUCAAAGGUCACCAUGUUCGCCCUGAACCAAAUCACUCCAGUCAUUAACAUAAUGCUUAAGACUCAUGAUAUGGAUGAGGCCGCUGCUAAGGAUGAUGUCCACGUUGUUCCAAUGGACACCAGCACUACGACUGUCACUAGCACAUUGAAGCUAAUUCCACAUGACCCCUACCAGACCCCCUGUAGUACACCAACACUCAAUGAGACAACCUUCUUCAUGGGCCGCCUAUCUUGACCAUUAAGUCAAAGGUCAAGGUAAGCCUAAAUUUCAGGUAUGCAGUGAAUGAAUAGGACCACCAUGAAUAAUUCACCAGAAAUGAUUGGUUGAUUAAAAUGAAUAAGUCACUGAAUUCUGUAUUGAUGAAACGAUGGUUUCGAGAAAGACUGUCUCUGUGGUAUUUAGAAUACUUCUUCGUAGAGUUAGAAACAUUCCUAGUAAAACUGCUGAAAAGAGCUGUAAAAUGUUUUCCACAAAUAUGCUGAAGCUUGUCAUGGCCAAGCCUGUCAUUGAAUAUACUGAUGCCGAAGCUUGUCAUGAACUUUACUGCUGAUGUUGUGAAUUUGAGACAUUCCAAAGAUAAACUGCUGAUCACAAAUCUUGUAAUAAAUGAAGAAUUUAACACACUGCUGAUGGUUUUGCCUGCAUUUAUGAAAACUUAUAAAAACAUUCCAUGAAAAUGAAUGCUGCAAACCAUGAAGAACAUUCAAUUUGUAUCACAAUCAUUAGAAAUACAAAUUCAUUUGUGUUAAUCAUACUGAUGAUGCCUUUUGAUUUAAUAUUUGAAAAUGUUGUUCAUGUAUUGGGGCAGUCGGAUAAAAGUCCUCAAAAUAGAAUGGCACCAAACCUUUGGUAUCAUUUCUCAAUUUGCAUAUAAAGCAGUAUUUGAUUGAUAUUAUAGCAUCAGGAUUAGCAUUUAAGUAUCCAGUAUUAUAAGGUCAUUAGACCAUCAGUCCAUGACUUAAAUAUUCCAUGUAACAUGUAUAUAGAAACUUAACACGUUUAUUGUUACAAAUAGUCUAGUCUUUUGUUGUGUCAUACUAUUUCUAAUUCAACCUAUUCCUUGUAUUGGAGGUACCAAAGAUUUUGUUUAUAUCCCUUAACAAAGUUUGAUAGCUAUUUGACUAAAAUUUGACAAUCGGAUAAUCAUGGAAGAGUUAGAAAUAUUCUGACACAACCGAUAUAUCGCUGCAUGUAGCUGACAUUGACGAGAAGUCAAUAUUUUAAGUAUUAUUGUUUACAUUUAUGUACUUGUUUAGUUGAAACAUAUAUACCUAAAGAGGCCAGUGAGUGGUGUGUAAUAUCAGUUAAAAUGUUGACAACUUCGAGACAACUUUCGUUGUUGCAUAUUAAAGAAGCUACGUUUAUAUUUUUGAAGUAACUAAUUUCUAAAAUGCCAGAAUUAGCUUAUUAGGUUAAAGAUAUAUAGUGUAACUUACUAAUUCUCCAAGGCGGAGACUUAAUGGUGUGUAUUCCAUGUGUAAGAGAACCCACUUUGUUAAAGGGUUGCAUUUUGAAACCACCUGCCUUCUCAUAAUAAACAUCCUUAUAUUUUGAAACUUAUUUCUUAUGUCACCAACAGUGACAAAAGUGGCGACAUAUUGUUGAUAGUUUCCAACUUUUUGUGGAAGGUGUUUGGCAUCUGUAAUAGUGUUCCAUCGUCAGCAUCUGUAACAAAUGGCAGGUAGAGUUUUCAUUAGCGAGUAAAGACAUUGGG